AUGGAGAGAGCUGCUGUGAAACGUAUGCCCUUUAAAUUCCUUAAUAUGUGGCUGGUUCAUCAAGACUUUCGAGAGUUUGUGAAAACUUCAUGGCAUGCGGAUAUAAGCAUUACUUGCCCUCUUCUGAAGGUUAUGGUGAAACUGAAAAGGCUGAGAUCGAGUCUUAAAGGUUGGAAUAAAGAGGUUUUUGGCCAUGUGGAUGUGGAUAUUAAUCAGCUUCAGAUCGAUUUGGAAAGGACUCAGAAACGUAUCUUGGCUGAAGGUUACUCGGACGCUCUCUUUGAUGAAGAAGUAGAGCUUCAAGCUCGUUUGAGCACGAGGCUGCUACGCAAAGACUUGUUACUGAAACAGAAGAGUAGGAUCCGUUGGUUAAAUGACGGGGACAGAAACACGAGUUUCUUCCAUAACUCGCUCAAAGCUCGAAGAAAGCAGCUUCAUAUUCCGCAGUUAAAUAUUGAUGGGACGGAUUCUUUUGAUCAAGAGGAGAUUGUUGCGCAUAUCGUUCGUUAUUUUUCCAAUUUAUUUGCUGAUUCGGCUGUUAAUACUGUCACGCCUGAUGAUGUGAGGAACUUGGUGAAUAGUUCGGUUUCUCAGGUGCAAAAUACUCAUCUCACUAGCAUCCCGAUGGAUGGGGAAAUUAAGGCUGCGGUCUUCGACUUAGGAGGUGAUAGUGCAGCCGGCCCUGAUGGCUUCACUGGAGUCUUCUUUCAACAUUGCUGGGAGAUCAUCAAAGCGGAUAUUUGUUUGGCUGUUAGAACGUUCUUCAACAGGAACUAUCUACCUCAUGGCAUUAACUCCAACACGUUGAUUCUUAUACCUAAAAAGGAGGUGGUCGAAACUGUGGCGGACUUACGACCUAUUGUCUUAUCUAAUUUCUUCUUUAAAAUAAUCUCUAAAAUUCUGGCAACUAGACUCAGUUCUGUGGCGGCCGAGUGUGUUUCGCCGAAUCAAUUUGGGUUUAUCCGUGGUCGCUUGAUUCAUGACUGCAUUAUGCUUGGCUCGGAAGGCAUUAAUUGCAUGAAUCGUUCGUGCAAAGGCAGGAAUAUGGCUUGUAAAGUGGACAUUAAAAAGGCCUUUGAUACGCUGAGCUGGCGUUUUAUUCUGUGCGCUAUGGAGGUGAUGGGUUUUGAUCAACGUUUUCUGGACUGGAUUUCUACUAUCUUUGUGUUUGCCCGCCUCUCUAUCUUGUACAACGGACAACUCUUUAGUUAUUUCGCCUGCUCUCGUGGGGUGAGACAGGGUGACCCGCUUUCGCAUAUUAUUUUCGGCAUCGCUGAAGAUGUUCUGAGCUGUAUGUUUAUAAAGGCGGUUGAAGAUAGUUGUCUGACGCCGAUGAACAUGUGUCGUGCCAGCCAUUUCCCUACUCAUUUGUUAUACGCUGAUGACAUUCUCUUGUUUUGCAAGGCUACUACUAAGAAUGCUCGGACUAUUCGCAGCAUUUUACAGCGGUAUGGGGAGCUUUCGAGACAAAUAUGCAGCCAGGAAAAAUCGCAUAUUUAUUACGCCAAAGGAGUUCCUUUAAGUUAUCAAAGACAGAUUGGAAGGAUUCUUCAUUUCCGUGUGGAACAGCUGCCUAUGAAUUAUUUGGGAGACCCUCUGUUUGUUGGAAGACCUAAGGCUAUUCAUCUUGCUGCUAUAAAGGAUAGGCUUAUUAGCAAAUUCUCUCGUUCGAAAGGCUCUCAACUCUCUAUUGCGGGGCGAAUUUGCCUCGUCCGUUCGGUCAUUCAGAGCUCUCUCGUGCAUACGAUGAUGCUCUAUAAAUGGCCUAGCUCUCUUAUCAAGGAGUUGGAUAGGUCCUGCAGAAAUUUCAUUUGGAUGGGGAAUAUUAACAAAAAACCGUUUUGUGCAGUUAGUUGGGAGCGUGUUUGUGCGAUUAAGGAGGAAGGAGGUCUUAGGAUUCGUUCGUUUCAUAUGAUGAAUGAGUCCUUUCUUAUGAAGCUUGCCUGGAAGGUGAUUGUGGGAUGCCAAUUUGGGUUUGAUACGAUGAGAAGCCGCUACCUGAAUGACGUGGGUAGGCCACGGUCGGAUUUCUUAACUUCGUCGAUUUGGGUUGGAAUUAGACGUCUCAUACCUGACCUCAUCGAAGACUCCUACUGUCUGCUUGGAAAAGGCUCUACUGUGUACUUCUGGCAUGACGACUGGCUCGGUUACACUAUUGCGGAUAAGAUUAAUUUGCCAAGUUUUAUGCGCUCAAGAUUAAAUCAAACGGUGGCAAACUAUUUCUAUGACGGAGUUUGGCACUUCUCUCAAGAGUUUAUUGAAGAAUUCCCCUACAUUGUUUGUGAUAUUUUACUCUUACCGAUCGGUGAGGAUGAGGAUGUCAGAUUAUGGAAACCGUCUGUGCAUGGGGACGUUACGUCUGCCCAGGCUUUUGUUUCAAAAUGUCACCGUUUCCCUAGUGUUUCUUGGGGUCGUUGGCUGUGGGAAGAUUACAUCCAUGUUCGUCGGUCCAUCACUUGUUGGAGAGUUAUUCUAAACCGUCUGCCAACGCGAGAUAAACUCAUUCGACAAGGUCUGGUUUCACCCAAUUAUUGUUCCCUUUGUUUCCACGAAGCAGAAGAUCUGAGUCAUAUUUUUUGGUCGUGCGACAAAGUUCAACCUGUCUGGACAGAGUUUCUGAGUUGGUUCAAUCAGUUGGAGGGGAGACACUGUGUUGACAUUCAUAGCUUCCUCAUUUUUUCUUGGUCGAUAAAGUGGAGCUCGCAAAUUAGUAUUCUCUGGAAACUUGGAGUUGUUUCGGUGAUCUGGGCGAUUUGGAAUGCGCGUAAUAAAAGUCACUUUGAUGGUGUUUAUUUUUAG